AUGUUCAUAUUUUCGCCUUGCGAAUCCGCACAGUGUCACACCGCUACAACAAUGCCCGAGAAACUGAAGUUCGCCAUCGUUUGUUCGAGCAAUAUGAACCGAAGUAUGGAAGCGCAUAGCUUUCUAAGUAAAAAAGGAUUCUGGGUGCGAUCGUUUGGCAUCGGGAAUUUGGUAAAACUUCCGGGCGCAUCCCCUGACAAACCUAACCUGUACGAUUUCAACACAACUUACGCGGACAUUUACAAAGAUCUCGUUGUCAAGGACAGGCAGCUGUACACGCAGAAUGGCAUUUUGAAUAUGCUCGAUCGAAAUCGCCGCAUCAAAAACAAACCGGAACGGUUCCAAGAGUGCAGAGAAGCUUUCGACGUUGUCAUCUGCUGCGAAGAACGUGUAUUCGACCAAGUAUUUGAAGGUAUAAUCUUUCUCCCGACAUUUCUGGGCAUUCACACGGCAUAGUC